CCCAGAUCAGCCAACCGACACCCCACAACGCCCCAGAAUGGACCCCAAAGAAACCACAGCCGAAGAGCUCUUUAAUGCUCUAGGCCAACAAUACGAGGACGCCUUCGCCGAUGACGUCGAGUUUCGCACCCUAAUCCACUCUGUCGUCGCUCAGCUCCCAUCCGCCUCCCCCGUCCUCGACGUCGGCUGUGGAACCGGCCGCCCCGUGUCUGACAUUCUCGCCCGCCACGGCCACUCCGUGCAUGGGAUCGACGUUGCUGAAGAGAUGGUGCGGUUGGCCCGCUCCCAGGUGCCGGGAUCUUUCCACAAGGUCGAUAUGAGACAGUAUCGUCCCCCGCAUCUAUUCCGUGCCGUGUUUGCCAUCUUUUCACUGUUUAGCUUUCCGCCGGCGGAUAUCGUGUCGAUGGUGUAUCGCUUUGCGGAGUGGUUGGAGUCCGGGGCGGUCUUGGUUUUGGCGGUGGUGACGAGCGAUUCGCUAGGUGAUGGGGUGGGCGACUACGAUGGUGUUUGGGAUUGUAUGCGGGUUAGAAGACCCUGGAUGGGUGCUGUGACGGUGGAGACGCUGCUCCCGAGUUCACGGUGGAGGAGUCUACUGCGCCAGGUGGGACUUACCCUGGAGAUGGAAAAAACGUACGAUUAUCUGCCUCGCGGUCAGAAAGCAGACCAGACCGGUCGGCAUCACUUGCUCGUUGCUCGGAAGACGGGCCUUGACCCGGUGUUUGGACCACAUCCCGUCCCGGAGGAGUCGAGCUUGGGGUCGUGGAGACGCAAUGAGACGGCGUGGCAGAUCCUGCGGGACCGGCUCUUUCUCGAUGCGGAGGGGAAUGAUAUGCGUGAUAUUGUCCGCAGGGGUCGGCGUGUACUGGAUGUCGGAGGGGCAGUGCGAGCCAUCCUAGCCGAUGGCCCAGCCUCCACGGGAAUAGUCGAAAGCAUCCCAGCGCUGUCCCAGACAAUCCCUUUCCCAGACCACCACUUCGACGCGGCCGUCUUAUACUUUGCCCUGGACUGUGUGUCGAACCGAGCCCAAUGCUUGGGCGAACUCGCACGUGUGAUGAAUCACGACGACCCGAAUACAGCAAUAAUCAUCAUUCAGGGUGCCCCAGAGAAUACCUGUAUACAAUUGCUAAACUCGCGGUGUGUUCGUCUAAGCGCGGAGCAUCCUCGUCCCAUCCACCAAGGCUGUCUUUUGCAGACGGCACGGGAUACGCUCGCGCAUAUGGGGUAUAUCAGUGAGAGAGUGCGACGUGUCAACGGUUCUUAUGUCUUUGAGGAAGAGGAUGUCACUCGUAGGUGUCAGGUUGCUGCCGACGCGUUGACUCGCUCGUGGUAUCGCGACGAGCCCAACCGGUCCUCGAUGGAGGAGGCUCUCGUGAAGGAUUUGCGGUCGAUAUCUAGAUGGAAGCCGGGACUGGGGAACCAAUUGGCCGUUCUCACGGUACGAUCGGGCUAGAAUAUUUCACUCUAGAAUAUAUGGAGGAGAUCUAUUGCAGAUCCAGCACGCAUAAACUCGGUGUUGUCGAAGUAUAUACUUGCAGCCUCAGGCAACAUCCCAGAUGCAAUGCAAACCAGACAAACUGCCAGCAAACACCACAACAACACAUGACCCACCCGUGACCGCACCUGAC